UUUUUAAAUGUCCUCUGAAAAUGUUUCUUAAAACUUCACUUGUUUCUUCAAAAUCAUCUUUCAAUGUUAGAUUUUCAUCUUCAUCUAUUCUUUCUUCAGUUUCCCAAAAUCAACACACAAAAUCACCACCCAAACACUUCUCCACUCUUAAGCACCAUUCUCAACUUUAUAAUUUCCUUCAUGUAAACUGCAGGUCAGGUAACUUUUCUCUUGAUGAAGCUUUUGAUUCCUUCAAUUAUAUGAUUCAUAUGCACCCAACUCCUGCUAUGUCUUCCUUCAGUAUUUUGUUUUCUGCACUUGUUAAGAAAAAACAUUUUGAUCAACUUCUUGUGAUGUACACGAGAUUCAUUUCAGCUGGGUUGUUGCGGGAUCUCAUUAUUUCGAACAUUUUAAUUGAUUGCUUAAGCAAAAUGGCCCGCGAUUCUGAUGGUUUUGUUGUUUUUGGGAGUAUUUUUAGGAGGGGUUUUUACCCAAACGCUUUGACUUUUACUAGUCUGAUUAAUGGUCUUUGUAUGGCGGGCAAGAUUAAAAAGGCCAUUGAAUUUUUUAGGAAAAUGGUUUCGGUUGGUUGUAGACCGGAUGUGGUUACAGUUGGGACUUUGAUUACUGGGUUGUGUAGAACUGGUAAUGUCACUGUUGCCCUUCAGUUGUUUGAAGAAAUGAAUAACGGCAAUGGUGAAUUUGGUGUCAUUUGUAAGCCUAAUAUUGUUUGCUAUACUACAAUUAUUGAUGGUCUCUGCAAAUAUGGGUUAGUAGACAAGGCAAAGAAACUGUUUUCAGAAAUGAAGACCAAGGGCAUUAAUCCAAACGUGAUUACUUACACCACUCUAAUUUAUGGUUUGUGUAAUACAUCUAAUUGGGAGGAGGCUAAAACUUUGUUUAUAGAGAUGUUGGAGGAAGGUGUAAAACCUAAUGUGGUGACAUUUAGCGUGGUAAUUGAUAAGCUCUGUAUCAAUGGAAAGAUGGAUGAAGCCAAUGGGUUGUUCCAACUAAUGAUUAAUAGAGGUGUUUGUCCCAACACAAUAACUUAUAACACACUUUUGAGUGGUUUUUGCUUGGCAGGUCAAAUUGAUGAUGCUAGAAGGCUAUUUGAUUCCAUGGCAAGUAUGGGGUGUAAGCCUGAUGUUUUUAGCUACAAUAUUUUGAUGGAUGGUUUAUGUUUGACAAAUAAAAUUGAUGAUGCUAAGGAAGUUUUAGCCGCAAUGUUGAGUAUGGGAUGCACACCUAAUGUAGUUAGCUAUAAUACUCUGAUCAAUUGGUAUUGCAAGAAUAAAAAAAUUGAUGAAGCCUUGAAUCUUUAUGAGGAAAUGACUUCAGAGGGAGUUAGGCCAGAUGUUGUUGCUUAUAAUACCUUGCUAUCUGGGCUUUUUAUGAACGGUAAUGUCAGACAUGCAAAAAAGCUAUUUGAAUAAUGAGACUUUAAAAGUGGUGGAACUUCUUCACAAAA